GACACUUCUCUUUGGAGCACAGCCUGCCUGCAUGGCCACGAGCCAGUGCACGUGCGCGCGCGCGCACACACACAAAGUGUGCUCCUCCAUAAAUAGACGGCGGAGCGCGAGAGACGACAACAAACAACAGUUUGACCGCCAAACUUCCGUCGUGAAUUUGACAGUUUUGAGUUGUUUUCAAUGGAGCGUGGAGAGUACGGAGCUCCGGAGAAGAGACGCAGGAGACGCUGCCUGAUUCUAACUGUGGUCGCUGUGCUGCUGCUCGUUGUUAUUAUCGCCAUCGUGUUGGGACUGACGCUCCGGAAAAACACUGACACAUUUACGUCAACAUUCACUGCAAGGUGUGAAAAGUUUGGAGGAUACGACUGUGAAAAGGUCUGGGGUGCAUUUGAAGAAGCCUAUGUAGGACGGGACCCUUGUAAAGUUCCACCAGAAGCCUAUGACCCCUUCAUUGCUGCAGCCCCUUUGAAACCUGCCUGCAACAGAAUGAUGUUCUGGAGCAAAACAAAGCAUGUGGUCCAUGACUUUACUGAGAAGAAAGAUUGUUUUAUCACUGUGGAGGACACUCUGAUGGGAAAUGUGGUGGAUGGUCUGACCUGGUGUGGGAAGGAGGGCAGCAGUGAAACAUUCACUACCGGCUGCCCAGGAUGGACAGACUGUGAGAACAACACUGUUCGCUCAUUCUGGAACAGAGUGUCAACUGCGUUUGCAGAUGCUGCCUGUGGUGAUGUCUCAGCAAUGUUAAACGGCUCCAUCAAUACACCAUUCCAUCCUAAAAGUAUUUUUGCAAGCAUCGAAGUGAAGAGGUUCCAACCUUCCACAGUGAAAAGCCUGAAUGUUGUUCUGGUCACACAGAAGAGCGCUGUGACAAACUGCACAAAUGCAUCUUUAAAGGAUUUACAGAAAGAGCUGGCUGAAGGAAUUAAAUAUAGCUGCAAGGAAGUGGCUGAAACUCAGAUUCAGGAGUGCGGCUCCAACCCAGACAUAGCCUGUAGGGCCUGCUGGUGAAAGUCUUUGUAAAUUGAAUAAUGUUUUGUUAUGCAGUCCAUUCCUUUUGUACCUGUGGGCCAGUUUGACUUGAUGUGAAAUGUUUUUAUAUAAAUGUCACUGAUACAUUUUUACAACAUGAUAAUGCACCUUUGUGUUCUGUAGUGAAAAGGUUCUGGGUGUGACGGGGAAGCUUAGAGCUGUGGUACCAGUGCCAUGUACUAUAGGGUGAAAUACCAAUGCUGCUAUCUAAUCACAUUGAACAGACGAUCUCACUCCCACCUGGUGGCAGAAUUUGUAAUGUUUUUAAAUAAAAUGUUGAAAUAUGA